AUGUCUCUCCACGUCUUUGGGUCCAACACCUUCUCUGGAAGCAAUGGACUUCUUUCCAAUGUCUCAGGAAUCCGCCGCCAGCAGGUUUCCCGGCUCAAUGCCUACGUUCGAGGCAAACGAGCCAGUCCUAAACAAGCCCGGGCCUUGCGCAAGGCUCAGUAUAAGGAGAAAUUGGCAAUGUCUAACAUGCCCAAGGAUGUUCGGACCUCUUUGGCUGCCAAUCCACUCCAACUGGGUGCCCCACGGUGUUUCAAAGUUCUUCUCGCCGGCAAAGACGUUGUCGUCGACGCCAAGUUGCACGACAAGUCUCGGUUUGUUGACGAGGGUCAUCAUAUUCACUUUGCACAAUUCGGAAUCCCUGGAAAAGGCGUUCGGCUGAACCACGAAUGGAUCAACCCGGAUCACAUAACAGUCUCUGCGAACCAUCGCGUAUACACUCUGAAGACUCAAGACGGUGACGGCAACCCAUUUAACAUGCACAUCGACUUUACUCAGCUGUCUCGCCCCGUUGGUCAUAUCGAGACAGCUGACGGAUACCUUGCCAUGACUCUCGAACCCUACGCACUUUCAUUCAAUGUCAAUGUUUCUGCAAAUGCCGGAGCUGGUUAUGACAGUGCUACGAACACCUUAACCUGGGAUGAGAACAGUACUCAGUGGAAAGCAGCCAACUGGGAGCAGAACAGCAUGAUCUUCUCAUACGACACUGUCGCGGUUAAAAGUCCUUUCGGAUCUCCUAUACUGAUUAACGAGGUUUCUUGUGAGGACACCAAAAACAGCGAGGUAUCUCAAUUCACUGCUUCUCAGUACCCAUUGGAGUAUGUGUCAAUUUUCCAAGAUAUCAACAGGAAUGGGAAAACGAUGCCGGCGUGCGUCACAACAAUCAAGCCCGCCUUCGUCAUGUCUCCUCCAACAGUCAGAACCUCAGAUACCAUCAAGUCUGUAUUUCCUCAGGACUCCAUUUUCCAAUUUGAUGAGUUGGGUGUCAACUUUACCGGCGCAUACCGAAUCACCCAAGAUGGCAGUACCCCUCCCGUAUAUGCUGUGGUGGGCACUGGCGUCAUGCCAGUCAACCAGGUCACUACACCCGAGGCUACCAACAAGUCAAGAUCUCUCUUUGAAACCAAGAUUAUACCUUAUCCCCGCAUCUUUUCCAUGUCUAGGAACGAUAUUUCGUCUUCGCUGCCAAUUACAGGCCUUCUAAACAACGACCCCAUGAGCCCGAGCACUACCGAUCCCACGGGAUACGUGGAUACUGUUUCGCAAACCGCCAACCAGGAUUUCCACGACAUUGUAUGCUACUACAUGGAUCCUGAUAUUCAUACCACAUUCAUUUCGGCGACCCCAACUGUUCUGUCUGACUCGACCGUUCAGGCGAUCGCCACUGACAGCCCCGACAAUGCUGCCUUCACCGAAAAUGAGGUUAUCCAGGCGCUUAACGACAUCAAAAAUCGUAUAUCUACUCGCACUGCCUCCAAGCGAUGGGGUGUGCCACGAUCAACGCUUAUAAGCCGUACCAAAGGCCACCAACCAAGGCAAGAAGCAUUUCAAGACCUCCAGAGGCUCUCUGCUGGCCAGGAGGCCAGCCUGGCCACUUGGGUGACUGCCCAGGCAGACCUUGGGCUGCCACCAACCCAUCAACAACUGAAGGACUUCGCCCAUCGCAUCCUCCAAGCUAUAGGGGACACCCAACCUCUUGGCAAGAGGUGGGUAGAUGGCUUUAUAAGAAGAAACCUAUCUAUCAAGGUCCAGAGAAGUCGAUCUAUUGAUUCGAGGCGUGUUAAUGGGGCAUCUACUGAGGUUAUCAGGGACUGGUUCAAAUAUCUCGCCCUACCUCACAUCCAGGCCAUCAAACCAGCCAACAGAUAUAAUAUGGAUGAGACUGGUAUCCUUGAGGGUAAAGGGGAUAAUAGGCUAGUGCUAGGCAGUGCUGCGACUAAGUCAGUAAGGAAGAAGCAGCCUGGUUCGCGAGCCUGGGUAUCUAUUAUUGAGUGUAUAUCAGCUGGGGGCGCUGCUAUCCAUCCCUUGGUUAUAUAUAAGGGCAAGACAGUUCAACAGCAGUGGUUUCCUCUAGAACUUGGCCCAUAUGAUGGAUGGGAGUUCACAUCAACAGAGAAUGGGUGGACUACUGAUGCUACUGCUGUUGAAUGGUUAGAAAGGGUCUUUAUCCCCCAAACCAAGCCCUCUAGCCCUAACCAAGCUAGACUCCUUAUCCUAGAUAGCCAUAGGAGCCAUACGACGACAGAUUUUAUGUGGUUAUGCUAUACCAAUAACAUCUAUCUGUUAUUCUUGCCUCCACAUACCUCCUAUGUCCUCCAGCCACUUGACCAGUCAGUCUUCAGCCCUGUCAAGGCAGCAUAUAGGAAAGAGCUGGGAUAUCUUAGUCAGUGGAUCGACUCUACUGUUAUAGGCAAAAGGAACUUCAUUUCCUGCUAUCAAAAGGCUCGCCUAGCUGGGCUGACUGCAGGCAAUAUCAAGAGUGGCUGGAAAUACACUGGGUUAUGGCCUGUUGCUAUUGCAAAGCCGCUUAUGAAUGGGCUGCUGGUUCAGAAGGCAACAUCAUCAACAACAACACCAUCAACACCAAUCAACAAGGUUGCCAGAGAUAAACAUAUAGCCCAGGAUGCCCAUGGUAUAGAGGGCUGGGCGUCAGCCUCAUCUGCUGUGAAGUGGUCUACGCCAAGGAAGGUGAAGGACCUAGGGGACCAACUACAUAUAUUCGGCCAACUAGAACAAAACAUCGCCACACAACGCCAGCUCUUCAGGAAGGUAGAAAAGGCUUCCAAGAGCAGUCCUUUGCCCUAG